GUCGUAGAUGAGAAGAGAGGGGAAGAGCCAUGGCUAGGACUAGCAGCAAAGUUUUGGCGCAGGUAGUGGUGGUGAUGGUGCUGAUUGCAAUGGUGGGAGGGGCCUCGGCUGCUACCAUAUGCAACAUAGACACCUCCAAGCUGGCUGAAUGCCUACCAGCAGUGAGCGGGCGUUCACCUCCACCACCUACCAAGGCUUGUUGCACUGCCUUGCUCAGCGCCGACCUUCAUUGUUUGUGCAACUACAAAUCUGCCCUUCCUGCAUUUGGAAUCAACCCAGCACUCGCAAUGGCCCUGCCAAAAAAAUGCGGCGGUUCCCUCCCACCAAAUUGCAAGGUGGAUGCAGAGCCUUGAAGCGCUUCAAGUUCCAAGCAUUUAAGUUACUAGCUUUUUAUCCAUGCGUCUCCUUUUUCAUAAAAUCUAGAAGCAUCUUUCAAUCUUUGUGUUGAAGACUUAUGUUUGAAGACAUGUUUGUGAGACUUGGUGUUGGUAGUAGUAUUGUACUCGCUGUCCCCUUUUUCUGUUAUAUCUAAGAAUGUAUAAAUUGGGUUUCUGCUCA